AAAAAAGCUUGCACAGUAUUUGGGUGGUCUAUAGAUAUUUAGGAACAGAGCUCGAGAGGAGCAUUUCAGCUGAAGGGCCACAUAUUCAAAAGAAGCCUCCAAAUGAAGCACGAAACAGUCUCAUAAUUAAGAUUCAUUGCUGGAUGGAGUUUAUAAGCAUUAUUUGUUGAGAGAGGCCCAAAACGCUUUUUGGGGUUUACCCUUUUCUGCAGAGUGUUUUAUAGGUUUUAGAGCAUGUUAAUGGUCUGCAAAGGCUAAAAUGCCUCCAGAGGGAGAUCCCCACCCCCCCCACUCCUAACAAAAGCCUUUAUUUUCUUUCAUAACAUAGUGAAAUCACUAUGUAACACUGUAUUUGCUAGUGCUACAACACAUUGUACGUUAUAGGCUAAGGGGCAGGAUGAAAUCUCUAAGCGGUUGACCAAUCACAACAGAGCCAGCCAGCUAACCAAUCAGAGCAGACUGGGCUCUGGUUUCAGACAGAGGGUGAAAAGAGGUGCUGCAGCACAGUAUGAGAAAAAUAAAGAGCUUUUUGGACAUUAAAGCAUGGAGACAUGUCACAGUAGAGACAUACUGAUAUGAACCUGAGAAUAAGAAUAAAAUGUCCUCUUAAAGUACAAUAACUCAAGUAAAUGUACUUACUUUACCUGAGUGUUUCCAUGGUAUGCUAUUUAAACUUUCACGCAAAUAUUGUACUUUUAGUCCUCGUACUUUUAUUUGACAACAUUAGUCACUAGUUUUCUUUGCAGGUUUACAUUAUUAAGACGACAUAAACUAAAUAUGAAGCAAUAUUAUGGAUGAAGAUACUCUGCAGUGUAAAACGUUUAAAGUUGAUUAUACCUAUUUAUAAUCCAGUGAUAUCAUUUAUAUCAUUCUGGAAUGCCGACACAUAAUUAUUACUUCUGGUACUUAAGUGGGUUUUGAUCCUAUUCAUUUGAACUCUUACUUGAAUCAAAUAUUGAUUACAGGAAUACUUGUAAAAGUAUUCAUACACUGGUGUUUCUACUUUUACUCAAGUAAAAGUUCUGAGUACAUCUUCCACCUCUGGUUCCAGCAGUUAGAAUUGAACAUAAUGUUUGUGCCACUGAUGAAUAUCCUGUUACACACGUAAGGAACACAGAGUAGAUAAUCAGAGACUGCGUGUUAAAUCAUCUGAUAGAGGCUGCAGAUGAGAUUGAGUGUGAAUCACUGUGGAGUGCAUGGAGGUGAGGGAGGUGAGGGAGGAACCAGCUGUGACCCGCCCCCCCCCGCCUGCUGCUAUAAGACUGAAGGUCUCCUUCAGUCAGUCCACACAGACAGUAUGCACUCCUCAAGCUUCUCCUCUCCCACAGCAAACACACUGAAGGUGUUGUGUAUCUGUCUGGCAGGCUGGCCCCUGGCCUCAGAGGCAGGCCGACUGCGCUGUGGCUCUGAUCUGCUCAAGGACCUAAUGUUUGUCUGCGGGGAUCGUGGAAUCUAUUUAGGUAGAGGGUCAUGGUCCGGUUACGGAGGUCGGCCCAGAGGGAAGGGGAUCGUGGAGCAGUGCUGCCGCUCGCCUGGCUGUGGACUCCAGUAUCUGGAGACGUACUGCAACAAACCAAAGGGCCAGCAGCCCACCACAGCUCCCCCUGCCACCACCACAGCCCCCCCUGCCACCAGUACAGCCCCCCCUACCACCACCACAGAACCCUCGACCACCACACAGACGGACAUGGUACGAUCUCUGCUGCUUGAGCUUUACAGCUCAGCAGUUCCAGGCAGUGUUUCAGAGGAGACUCUCUGAGCACCUGGGGGCCCCCAACAGCGCAACAAAGAAGAAAACAUCGCCUCCUCCUCGACGGAAAAGCAAAGGUUUAUCUUCACGCAGGAGGAAGAAAACAAGCAGCACAACCAGCAGGCCUUCGUCGACCUCCAGGAGCCCGCCCCAAAGAACCACAGCGCUAAAGUCAUGACCUCAGAAGAAGUUACUGGUACUGGUACGCUACCUGAUGCUCUACUUUAAGUAGUUCUUUACUAAGUAGGGGUGGUUGAUAAUCACUAACAGAGACUUCAGGGGGGCACAGACGGGAGGUCCUCAGCUCCAGGGGAGACACUCAGAGAGUCCUGACUCCAGCUCUGGGCCAGCUGCUGUCACACUGCCACGUCUGGAAUAGCUCUCCUCUGAAAGCUGCUUUCUUGCCUCAAUCUAUUAAGAUUAAGACUACCUUUAAUCAUUCAGUUCACGCUGGUGUUAUUAUACAAUUACAAACCAAGGCCCGAAAAUACACACCAGCUCAUGGAGGUGUCAGAGCGAAGGGGCUGCCACUGUUCCAGCGCCCGGGAGCAGUUGGGGGUUUGGUGCCUUGCUCUAGGACACCUCAGCAGUUCCCAGGAGGCUGACUGGUACCUCUCCAGCUACCAGUCCACACCAUUUUUAUUUGUUGGUCCAUACCGAGAUUCGUUUCCCAAGCAAAGAUCUCCAUCCAUAUUUUUGAUCUGAUCGGGAGUGAACUUAUGACCCUUUUGUCCCCAAGUCAAAUCUCUACAAACUGAACUUUGAUCCCCAAGUUUAGUCUGUGUUAAUCCAUGAUGGACUUAUGGGAAAUGGUGUUUGUUAAAGGCUGCUAACUAUUACAGAGACAAUAUCACUUCUCUACUGCAAAGACUUGGUAACUGUCCUAUGACCUGAACCUUUUCUUUUUAGGCGUACUCAUUAUCGAUACAGUGAUAAAUAUAUUUAGUAAUUAUGAUGCUAUAUGAAUGAUUUAGAAUUUGGAGUGUGUUUGUGUCCACUUUCAAACUCUGCCUGAUGGAAAUAUAUCUUUCUCAUUAUCCACUGUGUGUGAGUGUGAGUGUGUGUGUAUAUUUGAAUACUUUUAUAGCACUUUUAAAACAAAAUUACUGUAUCUUCACCGUGUGUCUUGGAUGCAGACUCAUUUUUUUCUGAUUUGUAUAUUAUUUUCUGUCUGAAACAUACAAGUAUUAUGUUUUUAAUUUUUGUGUUUUCUGUAAAAUACUUUUUAACCCAUUCAUUAUUUAUUUCACUACCACAACAUA